GUCAAGAUAUAUGCCAUCAUAUUCUACAAUUAUCACAUCUCCCCUCCAUCUCCGAUUCCAACAACAAGGACCAUGGCUCCAGAACAACCAAUGCCACCACCUUCAACCACGGAAAACUUUGUCCCUUUGGGCGACAAAUUCGACAAAGCAUUUGCCUGGACAAACGAUCCAAAAGAUCUUGACAUUGCGACCUAUUUCGGUAAAGAACCCAGCAUCGGUGGCUCUUACAACAUCAAAGGCCUGAAACCAGUCAUCAAAGAGAGGACUACCCAGGAGUAUCUCCUUCAGGAUGCCAGGGGAAACUACUAUCGCUGGAAUGCAGAGUUCCCCGGUCUGGCCAAGCUGGAUCCUACCAGGGUCAGGACAGACACACCACUUGGGGUUGCGUUGGAAAUGCUGAGGCCUGGUCUCAAACUCGGUGUGAACAUACAUACAUACCCGCAAGUCCCAUUGGAUGUGAUCUGCCUGUUUGUCUUUUGCCCGCUUCGUCAUCUUUUGCCACAACCUUCUCUAAUCUGGUGCCUUUGCUUCAUCGCUGCCUCACAUCGAUACCUGCUGCCUAUGAGCCAAAGUGACCUUCCUCUACCUUUCAUCAUGGAAAUUAAGCUUCCUGCUGGGAGCGAGUCUACAAUUGGAGACAUUAGCCGAGACGUGAACGCGAACUAUCGCUUCACAAUUACCAAUCGCAUGGGCAACCCACAGAACUAUGUCAUCUUCGCCAAAGCUCCCGAGAUCUCUCCCAAGCCCGAUAUAGUCAAUACCAACGUGGUCGUAGCGCUUCGUGGUGUCUCGUCGGAUGCUUACUUCUCAAUGCCUACAGAUCCCAUGUAUGCCCUGUGUGGGACCAGCAACGAUGAGCUGAGGGAUCAUGGCAUAACCAUUGAGGUCGAGGAUGCUAUGAAGGUCAGUCUAGGCCAAAAACUCCCAAACGGGGGCCUCACCCCUGGGACAACAUGCGAUGUCAGGGUGCAAGAUCAAGCUCUUGUGUUCGCGCCUCCUUCGACAAGCCCGGAUCAAGGACCUCUGAACUCUUUCUGUAUCAAGACGAGUGAUGAGUUCACUUAUACACAAUCUAAAACACGUAAUUAUAUCCUUGGCCUUUCUCUCACCAGCACGCUUCUUCACGACAUCGGCCCACUGGCCCUCUUCAUGCCGAAGCCCAGUACCCGAUAUAGCGUGACUCCAACGCAGACAUUUUAUGUGGCAACCUCGGAUGAGCUUGCUAGAGACCCUGUGGAUAAAGACUUGUUUCUACGGGCAUGCGAAGUUGAUUUUGUCAGACUCCAAACCACGGAAGUGCACAUUGUUCAUUCUGAGCGGGGAGUGCUGACGGCUCAGGUUAAACCAAGAUUAUAA